CCGCAGGCCUCUUCAUUCCUGACCUAUUCCACGCAUCCUACUCUCAUCAAUACCGUUGUUUCUCUAUUUCGUUAAGCCUACCUAGUUAUGUGCUUUGACCGUGGCUCUCCACCCCAGACCUAUGGCUCGAAACAUAGAGAGAUGGUCAUUGGGUAUCCUUAACGACAAAGAGACAGAGGAAGUCCCCGGAACCGUCCUUCUACUCUCCUCAAACCGCAAUGAACCUCUCGGCCUCGAACAUCAACAUGCCCGGAGGAGCUCUUCCUCUAUGCCCCCGCAGCCUCUCGCUCCUCCCGUCAAACGACCCUCUUACUCGUCCAAGAAGAAAACAAGAGAUGGGCAAAUCAUUCUGGAUCCGCAACCCGACGAUUCCAUGAACGAUCCUCUCAAUUGGCCCUCAUGGAGAAGAGAUACUGCCUUGCUUUCCCUUGGCUUCUACUGCAUGGUUGGUGGAGGAAUCACGCCCCUUCUGGCGGCUGGCUUCAACAAUGUUGCCGAGACGUUCCAUGUGUCCUAUUCAAGAGUUGCUUUGACUACCGGUCUUUAUAUGAUGGGCCUGGGAGUGGGUAGUGUUAUUUUCUCCCCUACUGCUAUUCUGUGGGGCAAACGACCUGUCUACUUGGUCUCCGCGAUCAUGUUCAUUCUCACAUCGGUCUGGUGUGCUGAAGCCCCCAACUACGCCCACCUGGCUACAGCACGAGUCUUCCAGGGUAUCUCCGUCAGUCCCGUGGAAUGUCUCCCUUCCGCGACCAUUGCCGAAAUCUUCUUCUUGCAUGAGCGGGCCUUUCGAGUAGGUAUUUACACUCUCCUUCUACUCGGCGGCAAGAACCUGGUUCCCUUGGUGAGUGCUGUCAUCAUUGCCGCAAAGGAUUGGAGAUGGGUCUUCUGGGUUGUUGCCAUGGUUGUGUCGUUGUGCCUAUGCCUUCUGUUCUUCUUCGUGCCGGAGACCUUCUGGGAUCGAACACCUCGAGCCAAAUCAAGGAGGCCGACCGCUCAACGAAGCCUGUCCAGCAUUUUCCGCCAUCCCCUGCCCCAUGCGAAACCACACCAACCACAAACUCCUUCCGCGGACCCAUCUGCAUUACGACUCGCAAUGGAGAAAGCCAUGACGCCGAGACAGCAUAUGCUUCAUGAGCAGAAUGUGCACGCCAGAUUUGAAGAUCCCCUGAGCGACAAGGAGGAGGAUCCUGAGGUCGAGAAGUCCACAGCGACAGACGCCGAAGCUCAACGCCUUCCAGCCCAUCGUGAAUCAGUGAGGCCAGCCGUGUUCCCAGGUAAUAUGACAGACGGACCGAGCGACGAGAAAGAGAAGGAACCCAUUCCGCAAGCAAGUCAGCCAGACACUCCCACCAAGGGGCAAUCAGGACGGAGAAGACCCAAGCCAACAGGUCUAUCUAUGCCUCCGCCACCGGAUCUUAGAGGGUUGAACGGGCCUUGGGACGGCACCAUCAAUGGCAAAAGGGUCCCGACGAUUGUCUUACCUCCUACUCAAAACUUUCCGAAUAUUGCAGCACCCGGGGCUGCAUCAUCCGACGCCAACGCUUCGGUUCCGCAUCUGCACAACCUCAAUUCGCCCUAUUACCUGGAGCUCGAAAAGAAUGACAACUAUCUUAAUCACCAUACGACACCCAACGCAGAAGUUGUUGAGGCGAAGACAACAGAACAACAAGAUGAUCUGACAAGAAGCACUAGUGUCGUUUCGUUGCCUGUAUCUGACUUGCAAAGUCCAGUUGCAUUGGAGACAUCAAGAAGCCCUGACGAUUAUAUUGGCCACCCCAAGCCUGCGCGCUAUACGACCAAUCUCCGUCACGCGCCUCCAAAGUCCUACGUUCAGGUCCUCAAGCCGUGGAAUGGAAGAUUGUCCAAGUCGAAAUGGUAUUUGGUGGCUUGUCGACCUUUCAUCCUCUUCGCUUACCCAAGCGUCCUAUGGUCGGCACUGGUCUACUCAUUGUCGGUCGGCUGGUUAAUUGUCCUCUCCGAGUCAAUAACGGCCAUCUACAAAAAUCGCGACACAUAUAACUUCACCUCGUUACAGGCCGGAUUGGUUUACAUUUCACCAUUCAUUGGCGGCGUUCUCGGUACCGUCGUUGCAGGAAAAGUGUCGGAUGUCAUUGUUCGAUACAUGGCGCGGAGGAAUGGUGGCGUAUACGAACCGGAGUUUCGGCUGGUCAUGGGCUUCCCUAUUGCCAUCACCACCGCGAUCGGCCUGAUGGGCUACGGCUGGUCCGUCGAAGAGCACGACAACUGGAUUGUGCCGACCGUCUUCUUCGGACUGAUUUCAUUCGGCUGCUCACUCGGAAGCACGACGUCCAUCACUUUCUGUGUCGACAGUUACCGGCAGUACGCCGGCGAGGCAUUGGUGACUUUGAAUUUCAGCAAGAACAUCUUCCAUGGCUUGGUGUUUAGUUUGUUUUUCGCACAGUGGUUGGAGGACGACGGCCCACGGACGACGUUUUUGUGCAUUGGCGCCAUUCAGAUUGUUUGCUUGGUCAGUACGAUCCCGAUGUAUAUCUACGGCAAGAGGGCGAGGAUGUGGACUGUCCGGAAGGCGUUCAUGGAGAAGUUUUGAUUGGUACCUUACCGCCUACUAAUAGGUGGCACGGAGGGUACGGCGGUUACGGAGUUCUUUCAGGUGUGAGGGUGGGAUCUUACGGCCUGCACGGGCCUGUAAAGGGAGUCGGAGUAAGCUUGUAGUUCCUCGGAUACAGCCUCACAGUGCUCACGCAACCGCAUCCGCAUGGCGUAUACCUGGGCAGUAGACUAGACCUGGCGUAUGACUCUAAUGACAUGAUAUGCUUAUGACGAA